GGGUGAACCCUUACAGCCCUUGCUGUGGAUGUCAUUUUGACUCCAUGCUGCCUGGCUGAGUGACCACCUGUUUAUGGCAGACACUUGACUGAAGAGCCACCUGAUGAUGGCGCCGUGCCGGAGAAACGGGGCCGUGAACGCCGCGGAGCUGCUGAGCAGGAGGAGGAGAGGUGUCACCGAUGCUGGGUCCCUCAUCAGACUGAACACGAGGCUCCUCAGAAACAUCCUCCUCCAGGACAACAGGGAUUUCAUCAAAGUGUGGAGCAAGACCUCAAAAUCUACAAUCAUGUAUGAGAAUGGUAAAAUCUACUUUGAAAAUUACCAGAACUGCUACAGUUGUAUUCACACAGAGCCUCAAGUUUUGUACAAACUGCCUAAAAGGACUAAAUUGGAGAAAUUUGAAGAUGCCUUGCUGUGUCAGAGCCCACUUGACAAAACUUUGACCUCUCCCUCUGAUCAUAAACCCAGUCUUUUAGCUUUGACAGCCAAUAACUGGCUGUAUCGCCUUUCAGCUGAAACGGGGAAAGAGCUGCAACAAGUGUACCUCUCCUCGAACCAUAAAUUCAGGUAUCUUGGCUGGGAGGUUUCUCAAGAAACAUUUUACGUUAAAUCUGUUCAAAACAAAGAAACCUCUCUGGCAAGACAGGCAGGUAUCACGCACAAUACAGUGAUGCACUUGGCCAUCUUUCAUGUGUUCCCCUUGCAAAUUGUAGGCAUUGUGGAGAUUAACAGAAAGAUAUUUGGGAAUGGUGUUACCGAUGUUGUUUUGUCUCAAGGUGUCCUGGCUGUGUCUCACAGCAACAAGUCUGUGAAGCUGUACAGCUUUCAACACAUCGUGCAAAGGUACAUGACGGAGAAGUUAAUGCUUGGAGAGUACAGUUCUCUUCUUGGAGGCAAAAAGGUGGGAGAAGCUCCGAUUGGUAUCCCAGUAAACAUCCAGAUCACAGAUUGUCUUCCUGUGCUUUUUGAGGUGUCCUGCGCGAAUAACGGCGUCCAGAUUGGAGGAUACCCAUGGCACUACAUCUAUACACCACCACAGAAAAAUCACAAGGGAACUCACCACAUCUGCUCACUCAAGGACAAUACCAUGGCAACAAAUGGAAUACAAAACAUGAACUGCUGCUCUUUGGAGAAUGACAGUAUCUUCUUCCAUCCUGACGACUCAGGAAGAAUCAUCCACGUUGGACCAACCACCAUAAAUGUCCUUCAAAUCCUUGAUGAACUGAACAGUAGUUUGCCAUCAAAGGUAGUUAAGGACUUCUCUAUGAUGACCCUUCGAAAUGACAAUCCUACCUCACAAGUCACUGUCACCUCAUCAGGCCGCACAGUGAAGAGAAGAUUUCAUCAGCUGGAUGAUGACCCAGAUCAAGAGACUUUCCGUGUGGUGGAAUACGAGGACGAGCUUGACCUUUUGGCAGUCGUGGUCACUAACGGUGAGGAGGGAGAAGGUAGAGCUCACAUCCGACUGCAUGACAACCAAAGUGGACAGUUACAGCGAAGAAUUGAUCUGCAUGAACAAUGGGACGAGACGUAUCGGCACGAGUUGUUCUUUGACAAAGACACGAUUGUUCAUAUUGAACAGAAGAACUCCAACUUCUGCUGCCAUGUUUACAAACUCAAGGACAACAGGAAAUAAGUGAUGUGAAUAAAGCUGCUUGAAAUUUAAUAGCUCAUUUUAAAAUUGUGUAAAUAUUUCAAAUGUGGGUUUAAUACAGUUUUCAGUUUAACUCAAUACUGUUUUUUACCCAGCAUAACUGUUUCUUUGUGUGUAUUACACUUGAUAAUCAAGUAGGUUUUUAAAAUCACUGUAUUACUAUUUACCACGAUCUGUCUCACAUGUGAAGUGAACAUUUUUAUACACUUAAUCUUAAAUUAAAAUUAUAUGUUUCUUUUCUUUCCACGAUGGUUUUCCAAAUAUGAAUAUAUUCAUAAGUUGUUUACAUGUAAUUUCCCGUCUACUUGCUUUCACUCGCAACAACUCACUCCAGUUAAUGUAUUCCACAAACAAGCUGGUGCAAUCUGGCUAUGCAUUUGAAAUUGGCAGAUUUUGAUUUUGCCAAGCCACAGAUUUACCCAGUUGCAGCAUGUUUAAGGUCCCACCAUAUUUCACAAUCAGCCUCAUAGUAUGUCUGAUGUGGUCCCUACAGGAAGAGAUGGCUUUCUGCCAAAUCUACAACAGUUUUGAUGGUUUCACAUGAGAGAAUUUUGUUUGCGGUUUUCUUAUAGCUCUUCCCCACUGGUCUAAAGUGGGCAGGGUAA